AGGUGUACUAUCAUGGCAAUCAAGUUAACAAAAAAAGUGAUGGAAUAGGAUUCGAUUCCCUGCAUCGAAGAGUUGCUGGAGGCGGUGAAGAAUAAACAGAUCCAACAACAAGACUUGUGCCACUCUAACUUACCAAGAACGCGUAAGAUGGAGACUGCAUUAUAGACUAAACGAUUGGAUUGAUCUCAUCACAAAGCAGAAUGUAAAGUCCCGGUAUCUCGGGGAAGCUAUCUGAAUGUCAUGGCAACGUUAUUGGAGGAUCUACAUGUUUGUUGGUACCAAGUAAACAAGCAAACUGAUGGGAGUUACAAGAUUCUCUGCAAUGACGAGUGGUUGGAGGCGGUGAAGAAUAAACAGAUUCAGCUACAAGACGGAAACUUGUACCACUCCAACUUACCAAGUCCGAUUGAGUGUAAGCUGUUGCUGGAGCCCUCCAAUACCGACCCUAGUCCUGCAGGACUGCACAUUGUACAUGUCUACCUCAUUCCACGACAGGGCCGAGUACGAUACAGUAAAAUACAGAAGACGGACAAUCUGUACACGGACAAUAGUCUUGGUCAGCUGAUGUGCCUGGUGGACUACGAGUUGAUCCAACAGGAGAAGAAAAAGGGAAAUUCAAUAACUGUUCAACCUAUACAGUCUAACACAUUCUCAGAGGAGGUGUUUGAAGAUAUCACAACUGUCUUAUCGUCCAACGACCACCCCGGGUCUCAGUUUCUGGUCGGACAUUCCAUCUCGGAGACUGCCUUUUAUCUCUGCUUCAGACACCAUUCCUUCAGACUUAAAGAUGUUAUCUGCUACUCCCCGACCCUACUCAUUGGUUCUCACAGGCCUCUCUUUAUUGUCUACCAACUACUUCAAUAUCUUAGGUGGUUGCAUAGCCACGGUCUGACUCAUGACCACAUCCGUACUACAAACCUUUAUGUGGAUGAGAAACUGUGGCUAAGUGUGGGAGCACCUAGACUAGGGCUUCUUCCUGUGUCUAGGGAGGAAGUAAAGCAGAUAGAGGAGAUAAAGGAGGUGAAGUUGAAAGAGAAGAGAUUAUUGUACCCGUUUACUGGGCCACCUGAUUCCAUUCUCAGUGCUUGUGGAGCCUGGGUAAAAGGAUACCUGUCGAACCUGGACUAUCUACUGCUCUUAAACCAAUACAGUGGCAAAGUUUUAGGGGAUCCCAAUCUUCAUCCUGUCAUACCGUGGGUGAUGGAUUUCUCCUCCUCCUACGGUGGGUGGAGAGAUUUGAGUAAGUCAAAGUUCCGUCUGAACAAGGGAGACCAGCACUUGGACAGUACUUACAAGAUACAUGGAAUGAGGGUUUCCGCCCCGUCCUGGAUGAGAUCUCGCCGAUCGUUCCACGAGGAGGAGAGCGAGACCCCGAUUACCCCUCACCAUCUCAUAGACACACUCUCAGAGAUCACCUAUUUUAGCUACAAGGCUAGACGCAUGCCUAAAGCUCUCCUAUGCAAAUAUGUGCGAUCCAAAUGGGAGCCUCAAGAGUACCCAGCUACCAUGAGUCACCUCUACAAAUGGACUCCCGACGAGUGUAUCCCAGAGUUCUACACUGACAAGACAAUAUUCGCCUCCGUACACUCUGACCUCCCCGACCUUGCUCUUCCACCCUGGGCUUCUGAUAGCCAAGACUUCAUUCGUAAACACAGAGAUGCGUUGGAAGGGGACUACGUUUCCAGCAGACUCCACAAUUGGAUAGAUCUCAUGUUUGGAGAGAAGUUAUUUGGGGCUGCUGCCAUCGCCAGUAAAAACGUAUUCAAAGAGCUUGUCGAUAACCACAAAACAAUAACAAAUAAAGGAGUCCGGCAGCUAUUCCAGUUCGCUCAUCCCCGGCGACUGACAUCUUCGCCACCUGUACCUCAGUUGCCUCAAUCUACUCAUGAGGUUGAGAUAGUAGCCGCUAACAAGAUUGAGAUGUGCGAGGAACCUGACUACGAAGAGGAUCAGGACAACUCCCCAAUCAGGCGCUGCAAUACGUAUCAAGCUAAAGGCGCGGAAAAACCUCCGGUACAAAGAAACCACUCUGUUGAUCCUUCUCUGCUAAAGAACCUUAUCAAUAAGAAAUAUAACCAGCGAAAUGAAGGAGCCAGAUUGGACUCAAUUCAAGAGUUGAUAUUCUCUCCUGUAAGACUAUCUAAAGAAGAGGAAAAUAUAACCGCAAAGAUCCGGUACCUCAACCAGUUCUUCUCAUCUCUCGGUGGUUCUAUUUGGGAAGAUGAGGAAAGUGAGACCACGCGCUCGUACCCUCCCAUCCCAACCCCACCAACCCCACCUACCCCACCUGCAACACCUGCAACACCACUCAGUCUCAAAGCGAGACAGAGACAGGAUAUUCAGAGUGUGGGCUGUGUUUUGAUAGAGAUACUCUCCUCGACUCGCAUUCCUGAGUAUGAGGACAUGUCCCGGGAGCAAUAUCUCCAAGAAGCCUCCUUCCUCUGGAACAAGAACAAAGAUGAAAUCUUUAUGUGUUUCAACGAUUUGAUAGAGUACUUGUUGUACAGUGAUGACGUGUUCUGUACCACUGAUUACCUACUUCAUCCACACUUCAACAAUUUAGCUAUGCCUCUCUACUUCGACAGCCUCUACAACCUGAUCUUCAGCCUCGAACAGCAAGACACAAUAGAGUCGACAAUAUCGCACUGUGGCGCCUACCUGAAGAACAACCCCAAGUUCCUGUCCAGUCUAGGAAGUUCCGGGAUGCUACUGUUGUUGGGGUACCUCAAACCCUUGUUCUCCGGAACUCAUUCCUGUAAAGCUUUCAUCAAGCUGUUCGAUACAAUCGCAGUCCACUGUGAUCACAAAGCACUGGAGCUGCUGAGCGAAUGUCUGGAGCAGUUUUACAGGAACUGUACUUCCUCCUCUGAGCGGAUGAUGCUCUCAAACGUUAACUUCAUCAUGAGCGUCAAACGACACUUCGGCCUCAGGGCAUUCCUCAACAAGUUUAUUGGACAUAUUAUCGAGAAUAUCGUCGACACUGAGAGUAGUUCGACGUUCCAGACAGAAGAACAGACCUGGUCUACCCAAGUGCAAGCUAGCCCUCUGGCUCUGGAGUGCUACACCACCCUCAAACAAGUCCUCCCAACUCUCGGUCCUAUUCUAACCGCUAAACACGUCACUAAUAAACUCCUGCAGGUGUUAGUUGGAUGUCACGUGUAUAACGAAGUAACAAAUUGCCGGCCUGGUGGCGAGGAACUUAUCACAAAAUUCCUCAUCGACAUCGCCCUUAUCUACGGGGAGGCUUUUAUUGAUACGCAGUACAUUCCACGAGUGUUUAACAUGAUAAAAAGUGCCAUGUUCCGGGUGACGAAUAAGAACGAGGGUAAACUCCUGGCGGCCCUGAAUGUAGUGGGAGAUAGCAUCAAGUGUCUGGAUGGUCCUACUCUACAUAAUAUGCUCGGGGAUCUCCAGAGGUUUAUAUUUGAGCCGAUAAUGCGUCUGCUGACGAGCAGUAGGAUAAUCUUCCCUCACUCUGGAUCAGGGAGAUUACUGUUGUGUCGUGCUCUAUCUAAUCUGCUGGUUAACAUUGUCAAACACGUUCAGUACUCCAACAUUCAGGACCCUGAAGCUGGCAAAUCUCUCGUCUUCCCUCUGGUGAAACAAUAUUUUCUGAUGUUUGACGUUGUCUCUUACCUUUACCGGGAGGAGGAGACCACUCCGGAAAGCUGUAGUGGUGCUAGCGGGGCCGGUAACGGGGCAACUGAUGUGCUCAGCCCCUCUCAGUACUCCCUUCUGUCCCAGGACGCAGAUUACUUCAUCCACCUGAAGCAGCAGUUCCCGCUGUACCCUAAACGUUACCACUCCCAAUCCAUAACGGACACUGACCCGUGUCAGAUAGACGUGGGUUCCUCCCCAGUCUCCGGGGUUCUCAACCUGGCGGACGCUCUUCAGCUUGAGUGUGAGACUAUUGUGGAGCAGCAGCUCCCUAAAACUCCUACUCAAGAGACAAGCAGCUUAGACACGGGAACACCAGACGACCGCAGGCAGAAUGUGAGGGAGGAAGAAGAGAAUGUGAGGGAGGAAGAAGAGGACGGCGAGGAGAACAUACAUUUCUCCCUCCUACCCCCCGGUGCUGACAUCAUGUCUCACCGCUCUCGUGCUGUUAGAGCCGUCUCUGUCAUGGGAACUGAUACAGACCCGGACAGCUACAGUGUGGAUAAGGAGACCCCCGGGCUGAAUAGAGGGGCCAUGUCACCCCGGAGUCGACCCAGUUCACCCUCACUGAGCAGUGAGAGUGAGAGCGACGAGACCAUCCCUGAGGACCCGGUUAAAGAUGUGGACUGUUUGUCAGAUGGGAGUAAGAAGGAGCGGACUAUUCAGUCUCAGAUUGAGACCUGUUUGGCACCGGAGGUUGCUCAGAACACAUAUGUUCAUCUAUGUCGUCUCAUCGGACAGGAGACUUUGAGAAGAACAUUGGACAACAUAGAGCUGAUAGAGGUGCUGGCCUACAUGGACAUACCAUACGUUGAGACCGCCACCGAGAACGCCCCCAAACCACGGUACGGCUCUGAAACUAACUCCGUGCCCUACACCUACCCCUCCCCUCUACUGUCCUGUAAACCUCUGGAUCAGUGCGACAGUCUCCGGGAUAACUGGAGAAGGGUUUGGGAGACCUGUGUUACCUCUACUUCUGAUCAUUUCAGUUUUAAACACAUCUUCUUGCAGCAGUUCACGGGGCACUCCGACCGUAUCAACGCACUUAGAGUGACCGAUGAUGAAUGUUUCCUUCUCUCUGGGAGUAAAGAUAAAACUGUUAUUCUCUGGGAUCUUCGAGCCACAAAUACCGGUCUUGGGAGCAAGAUCAAAAGGUUUGAAGAACACGUGCGUCCGGUCUUAGGCCUUACAUUCCUUGACUACAGUUACACUACUGUUUCCAUGGAUACUCAACAAACUAUUUGUACAGAUCUAGAAAGACAGAAGGUAGUUUCAAAAUACGACAGUAAGAACGCCGUGGUGUUAACCAAUCUGCCGCGUGCCUCCAACCGGAUCAUUCAAGGCACGAGUGAUAGCACUCUGAGAACGUUUGAUACCAGAGUAAAAGAUGGGGUAGUUAUGGAGUGGAAAGUCGCCACACCGUUAAGGAGCGUGCAGAUCAUAAAGGCCCUGCAAUGUGACCCCACCGGAACUUGGGUUGCUGCUGGAUUCUCAUCCGGCACGAUACACGUGUUAGACCUAAGGGUGGGGGUCAUGAUGCACGCCUUCAGACCCCACCAACAAGACGUGACUAACAUCAUAUGCGGUGACUCAGGGGACGUCUUCACCAGCUCCAAUGAUACCAACGUCUCUGUGUGUCAUUGGAAGAGAGCCAGAACCUUCACCGAGGGUCAUCAACCUGACUACAAGUACCAGGGUUAUCGUGACGGAGUUAAUGGAAUGUGUUUGUUAGACGAUGAUCUGAUCACGUGUGCCAACUACCGCAUAACAACCAUAUCUCCUGCUGGGAACUCUACGACCAAACUCAGAUCUGAUUUGUUCAGGGGAGGAGUGAGCGCAAUGACGGUAUCCCCACUAAAUAAACUUGUAGUGGUUGGCAGUGAUAGUGGCUCUCUCAGGCUGCUCUCUUAGACUUCUAAUAGAUAGAGUGAUUAUUCUUAUCUGUCGUUUAUCUUUAUAAAUUAACAUCCCAGCUCGUUGAAUAAUUUUAACUUUUAAUUUCUAAUUGCAUUCGGAUCAAACAGGGCGAUGAACUAACAGUCGAUAAUUUAUUAUUUGAAGCUGUAAUAUAAUAUGCUAUUCAAGUCUGACAAAACGUUUGUACGCUAAUCUUUCGCAUCACAGCCCAAUAUUUGUUGCCUCUGAAUUUAAAAAACAAGUGAUACAACAAGUGAUACAGCUCAAUCUCACUGUAACAAAACAUAAAGUAUAUGAAACUUUAUUGACUGUAUCAUAAUGCGAAUAAGAAGUAAGAUUAAGACGAUCAAUACGGUAAUGAAUAUUACGACUCUUGUUUUUAGACGAUUUUUGCUAAUAAUAAUAUGUUUGACCUUGAUUAUUUCACGGUGUUUAUGGUUUAUAAACGGUUAAGUUGUAACAUCAUGAUGUUGAUUAAUGAA